AUGGAAACUAGUGAAAACACGAUUCGGAACAAUAGGAAGAAUACAUUUCUGUCUCGAGUUUUUGGGGUUCAAUCGUCUGAAUUAGGGGAUUCAUUGGAAACUACGGAGAUGAGCCAUUUCCCGAUCCAGAUUGAUAGGUCAACAAGUCGUGUGCUUGAAGAAUCUCGAGUAAUUGAAUCAGAUCAAGGAAGUUCUAGUGAAGAUGAAGAUGACCUGCCGGCAGGAAGCUUUGAGCCACUAGUAGAGGAUACCAGGAAGUAUGUUGGUGUUCAUGGAACGAGAACCGAUUACACGGAGGAAGAAUUUAGUGAUCAGGAAUUAGAUGCUACGGAGCAAUAUACAAUAGCAAAAUUAGGUCAAGGGUCGAGUAGUGAUGAUGAUAGGAAUCCGGAGGGUCUAGAGGACUCGGGUGAUGAAGAGGAUGCAAUGCUACUCCAGACUAGGACAAAGGAAAGGGGCGGUUCUGGGAAAGGCAACCAGCAGCCGAUGGCUUUGAAGAAAAUUAUUGGUGAUCAGGGCAGGAAGUUUUUAGGUCGACAGAAGUCUUCUCAAGAGGAAAGUUUUAUAUUCCGUAAAAGCUUGAUUUGGGAUGAAGAAAGCCAAGCGAGGUCUGGUUCUAAGAGAGUGGCGUUAUUGCCAAAAGUUUCUGUUACGAAUAACGUACCUCAAAAUAGACAGAAUCCAUUAAGCCCAAGGGAGAGAGCGCUUUGGAAAUGGGCGAACGUUGAAAAUUUAGACGUAUUUUUGCAAGAUGUUUACGGUUAUUACUUGGGAAAUGGGCUUUAUUGCAUUAUGAUAGAGAAGCUUUUAAAUUUACUCACACUUUUAUUUAUCGUAUUCAUCUCCACUUAUAUGUCGCACUGUAUCGAUUAUUCAAAAUUGCCAUCAAGUCACAAGUUCACUGAAAUUAAAAUUGAGCAAUGCUAUCAUACACAGAUCACAGGUACAACUAAAAUUAUGUUUUGGAUAUUUGCGACAUUUGUACUUCUAAAAGCAGUACAACUGUAUUUUGACUUUAAAAGCUUGCUUGAUAUUCACAAUUUUUACACAUAUUUGUUAAACAUUUCCGACAAAGAAUUGCAAACAAUACCUUGGCAAAGCGUUAUUAAACAGAUCAUGUUUCUAAAAGAUCAAAAUGCGGUUACAGCCAACGUUGUUGAGGUCAAAGCAAAAAAUAGGAUCGAUGCCCAUAAUGUUGCGAAUAGAAUCAUGCGGAAAGAAAACUACUUGAUUGCGCUUUACAACAGAGAUAUAUUGCAUCUGUCUUUACCAAUACCGUUAUAUCGAACAAGUACGCUAACCAAAACUUUAGAAUGGAACAUCAACUUAUGUAUUAUAGGCUUUGCGUUUAAUGAUGCAGGAUUUUUGAAGCAGAGCUUUUUGAAUCCUGGCCAGAGAGAGUACCUCAGUGAGGAAUUAAGGAAGCGGUUUAUUUUAGCAGGAUUUUUGAACAUUAUAUUAUCUCCAUUCCUUGUUGUAUAUUUUAUCCUAUUAUAUUUCUUCCGGUAUUUCAAUGAAUAUAAGACUUCACCAGGAUCAUUAGGCUCCAGACAAUAUGCCCCAGUUGCGGAAUGGAAAUUCAGAGAAUAUAAUGAGUUAUAUCAUCUAUUCAAGAAGAGAAUUGGGUUAAGUUACGAGGUUGCCAAUAAAUACAUUAACCAGUUUCCAAAUGCAGUAUGUGAUUACUUUUUCAAGUUUGUGAAGUUUAUCUCAGGAUCUUUCGUUGCUAUAUUAGGUUUGAUGACCAUCUUAGAUCCGGAGAACUUUCUGAACUUUGAAUUGACACAUGAUAAAACGGUUUUGUUUUAUAUGACCAUUCUUGGUACUGUAUGGGCAGUUUGUCAUGGAGCAGUAAACGAUCAAUAUAGCGUCUUCGACCCGGAGGAGGCGCUAAAGGAAUUAAUCACAUACACACAUUAUAGCCCAAAAGAGUGGUCAGGACGUUAUCACACUGAUGAUGUGAAGCAAGAAUUUUGCAAAUUAUAUAACUUGCGUGUUGUUUUAUUACUUAGGGAAUUAGCAAGUUUGGUUAUGACGCCAUUUAUCCUAUGGUUUUCAUUACCUAAGUCUGCGGAGAGUAUUGUUGAUUUCUUCCGAGAAGUAUCAGUUUAUGGUGAUGGUCUUGGUUAUGUGUGCCAAUAUGCUAUGUUUGAGACUGAUCAGAAGAAAAAUUCUACUGUUUCUGGAGGCCUGCAGUCGCAAAAUCAAAGAAGGGCAAAUGACAAAGGUGCAGAUGAUGAUUCUAGUGAUGAAGAGUCAGAUAGAGGUAUGAACAAAAUGAUUCAAUCGUACAUGUAUUUUGUUGAUGACUAUCAAAAUCUCGAUAACGCCGUUGGCAAGUAUCAAAUACCAAAACCCAACCACUUUCUAGAUGUUUCAGCUCGUGAGCACGUAAAUCGUAACUAUUCCUGGAAAAAACAAUUUAAAUUAGGAAAUAAGCCAGAGGAAUUCAAAAUACGAUCUCUAAGCCCGACCGCUAUAUCUUCUUCCAUCUUAGCUAACAAACCAAAACCCAACUUGAGAGCCAGAUUAGAUAAAGGUAUCGAACAUAACCACUCAGACAACCUGGGUGAGUCCUUCAUUAACUCAAUUCCUAUUGCUGAUUACGAACCCACCGAAAGAGGUGAUGGUCCAAGUAGUAAUGGUGUUCUUGGAUUACUAAACCAGUACUAUAGAAAAUCGGAUGUAGGAAGAUAG